GCUACCUAUGAUCGCCACGGGUUAUGAUGGGGAUGAUUAACGCAUACCGCACCGAUCGCUUGGGAGUGGGCUACAUACACCAAGAUGCGUUCGCGCGCACAGUAAGGUCAAAAAGAAAAUAACAUGAAAAAAAAAGAGAGACAGACUAUUCACGACCGCUGGAGAGCGCACAAUGUCCACGUCCGCACCAUAAUAAGAACAUACCACCGUAUCCUAAAAUCAGUCCGGCUCCCGGGCUCGACUCCUCAUCGGCCUAGUGGUGCCUUUUUUUCUGGAUAAAACCACACAUUCUGCGUGGCCAAUGAUGAUUGAAGAUAUCCUGGAAGAAUUGUCACUCCUCCCAGUGAGUCAAUGACCCAGUGGUCCGCGACGAAAACAGACUGCACCGAACGUGAAACUUCAAUAUUGCUCCAGCGACGCAAAGCCACGUGAAGUAAUCGUGUGGUAUACCUGUGCACCCGGUCCCCUUCCAGUAUGGGACAUUGGCCUGCUUACGUCCAGGAUAGACACGCUCUGUCGGGGGGUUGGCCCUGGACUGCUAUUGAACUCUGCUACCGAACCGUACCUCCUCGCCAACGACAAGUGAUUACAGACAUGGCUGCCUGGUCAAGAGGGGAAAUACUUCAAAUCGAAUGCGAGUACACCUCGUAUCUUCGGCGGGCGCAUCUCCAAGCUUUCCUCAUCCCUCUCCUUGACCGCACGCGCCCACUACUACUACUACUACUACUACUACUGCUCCUGCUCUCAUUACAUUGUUGCCGCUUUACGAAUCAACGGCACCGCAACACGACUGUCGUUAAAAUCUCACGUACUCACACAAGACAUCGCUUCCACUCGGCUGGCGGCCCGAUCGAUCCUUUCACGCAUACCUAAACACC